AUGUCUGGGCGCUUAGAUAACUGCGAUGAGGUCAGUGCACAGCCACCCAGGAACACAAGACCCCGCGCACCGCCACAGCGCCACAUCAAGUCCGUGGAAUCGAGCCGUGGCGAGUCUUCCAACCUCCCAAUCAUGGCUCUUCAAAUUGUGUCCGAUCUACAUUUAGAGAAACCACCUACCUACGAUGUUUUCGAGAUCAUUCCAGAAGCACCCUACCUUGCCCUUCUAGGUGACAUAGGACUUGUCCGGGAUGAUGGCUUUUUCACGUUUAUUAAGGCCCAGCUGCAAAAAUUCCAGAUUGUUUUCCUAUUACUUGGCAAUCACGAGCCAUGGCACUCGACCUGGGUAAAAACGAAGGAGCGCAUCAAGCAAUUCUCUGACUCUGUGAAGCAACAGUAUUCCACCAAAGAUUUGGGAGUAUUCGUCUUCUUGGACCAAACACGAUACGAUCUAUCCUCUGAAGUCACCAUCCUCGGAUGCACAUUGUACUCCCAGAUAUCGGAGCAACACCGGGAAAGGAUCAGUACUGGAGUAAAUGAUUUCUACCACAUCGACAACUGGACAGUCGACGAUCAUAAUGCUGCUCAUCGCGCAGAUCUAGAUUGGCUUAAUGGCCAAGUCUCAGAGAUAGCUACCUCCGAACCGCAGCGAAAGAUUGUUGUGUUUACACAUUACAGCCCGGUUGCUCAGGAUCCGCGUGCUGUUGAUCCAAGGCAUGUCGACAGUCCACUGUCAUCGGGGUUUGCCACAGAUCUUUCGAUGCAAGAGUGUUGGAAAAACUCUCGAGUCUGCCUCUGGGCAUUUGGUCAUACCCAUUACAAUACCGAGUUUAUGGAGGAAGGUACUGGCAAACUUGUGGUCAGUAAUCAGCGUGGCUACUACUCGUCGCAUUCCAAAGGCUUUGAGCCAAGAAAGGUAGUUAGGGGUUAA